CAGCAGCCAACGACCACUGCAGUGCAGUAGCCAACCAGCAACCAGCUAGCCAGCUAGACUACUCACAGAGAAAUAUGGAUGAAAUAAUGAUACAAGUUAACGGCUGUCAGAGUGACUCCCUCUGCAUGGGCCCAUAAAAAUGUCCACAGAUGACAGUAUCUCAGAGGAUGUGUCCAGCUCAGGGGCUUUGAGCCAUUGCCAUGUCAGUGCUGAUGGGGAUGUGGGCAAGGAGAGCGAAAACUCGCUGGUGUCUUCUGAGGGGACAUCAGCCUCAGGACUGGCUGUCUCUGAGGGGAGACGCACAACCUCCCAAACAACAGGAGGCACUGUGGAGUGCAGGCCCAUGGACAUCACACCAGCAUGCAACAAGAUCAGGAGCCUAUGUCUGAGCACAGAUGAAGCCUUUGAACAAGGGAAGACCCUACCAUUCAUCAAUCCAAGCUCCCUGGAGACCCUUAGGGCCCUGGUCCAGGAGAUCCAGAGCAGUGGAGAGACAGACCCUGAGAUCUGGAAGGACUGCGAGGGUCGAUGGCUGCAUCUGUUUCAGCUGGUUGAGAAGCAAUACCAAGAGCAAAUACUUGCUCAGCAAGAACAAUACCAGUGCCAAAUACAGUUGAUUCAGGAUGAAAUUAAGGCCCUGGUUCAGCUCCAAAACCGCCAGGCUAGUGUCCAGCAUGGGGAGUUCUCCCCAACUCCUGUGAGCAAAAGUACCACAAACAUGAAGGACUAUAUUUUCCCCCCUGUCUCCAGUGAAUGUACUGUUCCCAAAACUGUGUCCAGUGACAAUGACAGUCUGGCAGCUCCCGUCCAUACCCCUUUUAGCUCCCCAUCGCCUCCACUCCCUAGGUCUGAGACCACAAAUCAGCGAGAUGAGCGUGCAACCACAGUGCUCAGCAGUGGAUAUGGGACUCUUUCUACUUGGGAGUCAAGUCUGGAACCUGCAGGUUCACCGGGAGAAGAUGAGGUUGUUGGUCAAAGAAGCGAGAAGCAUCACUGGUCCUUUAACUUCCAGAAAGACACAGAGACAAGUAUGCUUGGUUGCCAGCAAGAUUUCUCCAAUGAGAGGAUGCUCGGAGUGAAUGAAUCACUAGUUUAUCAGCAGAAAAUCUCUGGCACCAGUCAACAGUUGACCUCCUGGGCCCAGAGGCAGAAACUGAGGCCCAAGAAGAGCAAAGCAGGACAAGCGUCAUCCCAAAUACCAGAGUACCAGGAGCAGCCUCGCAGCCCCAGAGAAUCCCACAGUCAAAACACUGUGGAGAGCACAGAGUCCCAGGACCAGCAUCAACCAGCUGGGCCGUCUUCCAGCUCUUUUCCACUGAGGAGGAGUGAUAGUUUAGCAUCUGAAGCCUCAGGCCUCACGUAUUGGCGUCUGAAUGAGUGUGAUCUCUAUCACCCACUACCUGAAAGCUUUGACAGUGGUGCCUAUCUACUUCUGCAAGAGGCAUCCAUGAGUCUGACUCCGGGAAGCCAGGAACCUCAGCUGUCUCUCAGAGAGAUCUAUCAGAACAAGCAAAGAGCAGAUUGUAAGCGUUCAGAUUGGGAAGGCUCUGCUACUUCUUUUCCGUUGUCACCGCAGAUGUUGACACUGGAUCCAGCAGCUAACAUGCGGCAGUCAGAUCGCACCUCUGGCUUCACUUCACCCUCUCAUUUCAGCAGCCCAUCAUUUGCCAAUCAGCCCCACCGCUACCCUAGAGUCGGGACCCCCAUAACCCCUGACAGCAUGGUGGAUUGCAGCCCCAACCCUGGAGAUACAGACUGUAUCUCUGAUACCUCCAGUGUCUCUGCCCCAUCUAAAGUGCAAAGCCCAUGGGGAAAUACAACCCAAUUCCUGUCUACCUCCCAACAUAAGGCUCAGCCCUCCCAAACAGACAGCCAUCAGCGCAGAGCCAGUGCUCCGUUAGCCAGCGAAGAGGAGGGUAGUCACACCCACACCAGCACCCUGAAGCCUUGUUCAGCCUCUGGUGCUUCUCUGCGACAUGGAGUCAGUCCACACAUGGAAAGAGCAUCAUCACUAGAGGAUCCUGUUGUCCUCUCUCUACUAAGGCAGAACCUGAGAGAGAAGCAUUCUCGGCAUGUGGCUGACCUGAAAGAAUAUUAUGAGUCUGAGAUCCAAACCCUGCGAGACAAACUCAAGCUCAGAGAUCUGCCCCAGGAUUUAGAGAAGAGCAACCAUGUGCUCACAGAAAGGUGCAGGCAUCUAGAACAGGCUUUGGCUGAGGCCACCACCCGUAUUCAAGAACUAGAGGCAACAAACAGCUCACUGGAAAAAAAGCUGGCAGAAUGGCCGGAGCGCUAUGCUGUAGCAGGUGCCACUGUGAAAUCUUUGCAACAGCGACUGGAAGAAAGCAAACAUUCGGCCAAAGAAAAGGACGCCCUGGUGGCGCGUUUGAAGAACCGUCUACGGCAGCUGGAGGAGGCAGCACAGAAAGCCUGCAGAGAAGCAGAUGAGAAGGAGGCCAGGAGGGAGAGAGAGUACAAGAUGCUGCAGGAUCUGCUUGGAGAAUAUGAUUCUCUGAUAAAAGACCAUGAAGGAUUGAAGAACAACCUGGUGUCAGCAGAGAAUAGGCUUGUUGAUUCCAAUGAUCAGAUAUCUGAAUUAAAGAGAGUGAUCUCUAAGCUGGAGUCUCAGGUGAAGCAGUUGGAGCAUGAGAACCAGGCCAGGGCCCGUUAUGUUUCCCACAGUAACAUACAACCUUCUGGAGCUGGCCUUUUCCACCAUCCGGACCUCCUGCUGUCACCCAGUAAAGGCAAAGCAGAGCCAGAUGUCACCCACAGAACGUCUCCUCUUCUAUCAGACCAGCUAAAAAGUGUCAGAAGACCUAAUCAAUCAACAGUCCACAAAAGGGCAUCGUAUCCAUUAAAUGAUUAUUCAUCGGGAACAGGAAGCUCCGUGGACACCCCUUCAGCUGCUGGGAGCUGGAGGUGUGCAUCUCCUCCAGAGUGUGAACAGUCUGUUCUUCAGAUCAGACACCAGGAGCAGAGUGCUGGCCACCAGGAAGCUAGUCACAGAGAAGGAUCCUGUGCCCUGACACCCAUGAUGAGGGCCCUGAUAGAGCUGGAGGAGACUAAAGCCACAGAUACCCGGGCACCCUGUAAGAACAGCUCCACCAACCAUAGGGUCAGUAGCCAGAGAACCACUGUUGGGUUUGUGGAGAGGAGAUACAAAGAGCCAAUUCAGGAGCGCGCUGGGCUUCUUCACAGAGAGAAGGAGUUGGUUAAACCUCGAGGAGUUGUGGCUGGAGCUGAACAUGGAGGAUCGAAAAGUCGCAGUGGAGCAGAAAGAGCUGCUGCUCUGCUAAGAGCUCAGAGGAGUCUGUCUCCAGAGGGCCACAGAUCCUCCUCACUGCCUCCUCCAGCACACCGAAGCAUACCCACAGCUACACCCACAAAGAGGGAAACGUUACUCAUGCCUCUGUCUGCGAAGUCCAGCCCUAAACGCAGCCCGACUGAAAAUUACUCCACUGCUUUUGGUCACCCAAUGCCAAGAGAGGAAUACCUUCUCCACAGGCCUGACGGACAAGUUGACAAGAGACGUCACUCAUUCCACAGCAGCAGUCCCAAGAAAAGACUCCAGUUUACAUCAACAGACAGAGAAGAUGAGUCCUCUGGUGGUGAAAACCCACAGGAUGAAAACUCCCAGCUGGGUUGGGAGGAGCAGGGAGGCUUUAGUGGACCUGACCCGCAGAACCCCUGUGAAGACUCAGCCUCACUUGACAGAAUCCAGUCACUGGCGGAGGCUGAGAAACUGUUUGACGAGUUGACGCAGGAGAAACAGCAGAUUGAGGCAGCUUUGAGCCGGAUGCCUGGUGCAGGCGGCAGAGUGAGCCUACAGACCAGGUUAGAUGAGGUGGCUUUAGAGAAUCGUCUGGAGAGGCUGAACCGUGAGCUGGGAUCCAUCCGAAUGACCCUGAAGAGAUUCCACGUCCUCCGUUCCUCGACCAACAUAUAGCAAUGUCUGUCUUCUUACUUUAGUAUUGAUUCUACAACUUAGUGUCUUGGUUUUAUACACAGCACUGAUUGUCCUCCCAUCUUUUUCUGUGCCAUAAGCCCAUCUGUACAGUGACUCCACAGCAUCUUUUUAUACCUCUUACUUAUUACUCGGGGAUAUUUUGUAUAUGUAUGAGAGAUAUAGCAAUUUUUUGGAGUAUAUUUUUUAGAAAAGCACAGAUUUGUACAGUCGUUUACUUUUUUAGCCACAGAAAUAUCAAUAUUAAUAUUCUUUACUUGCCAUAUUCAGGAGUAGAUUUUUAAAUCGGCUCAUGUUUUAGAGUAAAUGUGAACAAUCAAAACAAAUGUUUCCAGCAAAGUCAUUUAUCCACUUUGGAACUAUCACUGCCUUUCUUUUUCUUUUUUUUCUUUUUCUUUUGUUGUGGCUCUUUUGUUUUUUAAGUUUUGAAUGUUUUUCCAUUUGACAUGUGUUAAGGUAAUUUUCUUCAAUUUGUUGCUUAUUUAUCUUUUGCUUUGGGCCAAACUUAUUGAUCUUGAAGGAAAUAUUUAAUUGAGCCAAAUCAGGGUUUUUUUGUGUGGCUUUCUUGCUUUAUGUCUGUAAAUUAUUUUACAGUAAUGGUCCAUUCCAAAAUCGAGUGAAACCAGCACACACACAUUUCCACAGAGUCAAAACUCGAGUCAGCUGUUUUUCAAUGAUGCUUGUGCAUGGAGGUUCUUGCACUGCUUCCUUGUUGUCCUGGUUUUCCUACAAUGAUAUGAACUUCACUGGAAAUGUAAUAUUGUUGCACAAUAAAUUAUGCUUUUUGUUAAAAAUA